GGGAAAUGUAGUGCCCAGAGCAGCGGGGCUCACAAGCUUUUGACGGAAGAUGAGAAGUGCGCCGCCCGUGGCAGCACAGGUACCGGAUAAGGACUCUGCACACCCCCAAUUUUGUGUAUGUGGUCGGAGGAAGGGCCCAGGUCCUCUGUACCUCUCCAAGCAAGGUGCUGGCCACGGUUCAACUCUGGCGAGCUGCUCGGAAGUCCCUGACAAGAAGUUAGAGAAGCUUCAACCAACCGAGGGUGGGGAUGUCUGACUUCAACUGGAAGAGAACCCGGGAGCCAAAGGGGUUAAAAUAAGCGAAUUACCGGGAAAACAAACAAAAAACUCCCCACCACUAGCCAUGGGCAGCCGAGAUCACCUGUUUAAAGUGCUGGUGGUGGGGGACGCCGCGGUGGGUAAGACGUCACUGGUCCAGCGCUACUCCCAGGACAGCUUCAGCAAGCACUACAAGUCUACCGUGGGAGUGGAUUUUGCUCUGAAGGUUCUCCAGUGGUCCGACUCAGAAAUGGUGCGGCUCCAGCUGUGGGAUAUUGCAGGGCAGGAGCGUUUCACAUCCAUGACACGACUCUACUACCGAGAUGCUUCUGCCUGUGUCAUCAUGUUUGACGUCACCAAUGCCACUACUUUCAGCAACAGCCAACGAUGGAAACAGGAUCUGGAUAGCAAGCUCACACUGCCCAGUGGGGAGCCAGUGCCCUGCUUGCUCUUGGCCAACAAGAGUGAUCUGUCCCCUUGGGCAGUGAGCCGGGACCAGAUUGACCGGUUCAGCAAAGAGAACGGUUUUACAGGCUGGACAGAAACAUCAGUCAAGGAGAACAAAAAUAUCAAUGAGGCCAUGAGAGUCCUCGUGGAAAAGAUGAUGAACAAUUCCAGAGAAGAUAUAAUGUCUUCGUCCACCCAAGGGAACUACAUCAAUCUCCAGACCAAACCCUCCCCAGGCUGGACAUGCUGCUAGCUCGCCUUCCUCUCCAGGUCUCUCAGCCGUUCCAUCUCCUCCUGUUGGCUGCUCACCUGGCCUAAAAAUUCUGUUGAAAGUAUUUGACCUGUCUCUUGCCAACUGCCUAGAAAGGAACACCACUGUGACUUGGGAAUGGCUGCCUGGAACCCAGAUGCAUUUGUUGUUCCCCGAUGUUGUCUGUGACUUGCUGACAGCCCGUGUACUCUAGUCAGUGUUUCCUGUGUGACAAUGAUCACCUCAUUCUUCCACUGUCAGAUGAGUUUCUGGGAAGGAAUAAAAAUUAGCACUUGUG